UGCUUUUAAUAAGGAAUGUAAAAGCAAGCAAUCUUUUUCUAAAACCUCAGUAAAUUUUAUAAAAUUAAUAUUGAUAUACACUAACAAACGAUAGUAAUCCAAAUUAUUGUAAACUUGAACUAUGUCCAUGAACGAAUCAAGAGCUCAACAGUGGGCCCUUUAUGCCCUGGCAGGAUUUACAGGAUUUGUAUGCGGAGCAUUUGUCCAACAAGAAGUGUCAAUACGGCAACUUUUUCGGCAGAUUCGAAAGGAUCCUUAUGUUUAUCACUACCGACAUAAGUUAUAUCCCAUGCUUUCUACCUUUAGUACAGAUCAUGAGACCCGAUUGUGGAAUCGUUCAACUUCAUUGGCUGACAAAUUCCGAGAGAUUAUAGUAUCACCGAUUUGUGAUUUGGUUAACGCUAUUUUAAUGAUAAAUACCGAUUCGACAACUACAACUGAUUUGCUGGACUUAAUCAAAUACGGACUGCCUAGCACGGAGAACUUGUACGUCCAUAAGGAGUAUAUAGUUUCCCAAGAUAUACGCACGAAUGCUCCAAGAUGGAUUUGUGAGCAUUUCGUUGGAAAUUACCAGAAGAUAUCUUCUGAUGAAGGUGGCUAUAGCACUAUGAAUCUGCGCUACAAUGAUGUCUAUGUCUUGAGCUGCGGUUCGAUGAAGAUCUGUAAAGCCUUUAAGAGAAGGAUAUGGAAUGAUCUAGAGAAAUAUGUGUCUAGCAAGACUAAAGAGUAUGGCUCAGUCUACUGUUACACUGGUCCGAUUUAUACACCCUCCUGUCACGAGAAUGGCAAAUGGAGCAUGAAAUAUGAGGUCUUCGAUUGGAUACCGAUGCCAGUUCCAUCGCAUUACUUUAAGGUCCUGAUCGUGGAAAGUAAAAUACCGAAUUUAUAUCCAUUUAUGGAAUGUUUCAUCAUCGAAAACAGUCGAACGGUGGGGGGAAAGUUAAGUAAUCAUCGGGCAAAGAUUGACGAAAUAGAGCGUUUCACGGGACUGCAAUUUAAUAAGGCACUGCGACCCGUGGUGCAGUUCGACAAAAACUCUUUUAAGGUUGACACCAAGGCUUGGGCAGGUCGAUUUCAGGAAAUUUCUGAGCCACUAGUGACCCUUCCUACGGAUAAGAUAUUAAUGGAUUUUAAAGAAUAAUUAAAGAUUAGGUAAUUUAAGAUAAACAGAAAACAAAAAUUUCGUAAGAUCGUAUCACUAAAAUUAUUGAUAUUGUAAAUAUAAAUUUUCAGACAAUAUUAAAUAAAUAAAAUUUGAUUGA